AUGGGGCAGCAGUUCACCAACGCUGAAGGGGAGCAAGGGGAGAUUGAUGUUGCAGAGCUGCAGGAAUGGUACAAGAAGUUUGUGGUGGAAUGUCCCAGUGGGACCCUCUUCAUGCACGAGUUCAAGAGGUUCUUCGGGGUCCAGGACAACCAGGAGGCAGCAGAGUAUGUGGAGAACAUGUUCAGGGCUUUUGACAAGAAUGGGGACAACACCAUUGAUUUCCUGGAGUACGUGGCUGCCUUGAACCUGGUUUUGAGGGGGAAGCUGGAGCACAAGCUGAGGUGGACGUUCAAAGUGUACGACAAGGAUGGCAACGGCUGCAUAGACAAACCUGAGCUGCUGGAAAUCGUUGAGUCCAUCUACAGGCUGAAGAAGGUGUGCUGGUCGGACGUGGAGGACAGGACCCCGCUGCUGACCCCGGAGGAGGUGGUGGACAGGAUAUUCCAGCUGGUGGAUGAGAACGGGGAUGGGCAGCUGUCCCUGGACGAGUUCAUUGACGGCGCCAGGAAGGACAAGUGGGUGAUGAAGAUGCUACAAAUGGAUGUGAACCCCGGCAGCUGGAUCACCGAGCAGAGGAGGAAGAGUGCUUUGUUCUGA